AUGGGUCUGGAUGAGACCUGGAUCUCGCUUCUGCUGAUGGUUGGCACCAUGAUGUUGGUAGGAGGGUGCCGGAAGCUAACCCGACGCCAAAUGCACUCCCGACGCCUUCACCCUCGCACGUUUCUCCUGGAGCUGUUUGCCACUUUCCAAAUCUGUGCCUGCACCAAUGAGCUCCGGCUGCUGGCCAAUGUGCAGCCCAAGCCACACGUUGCCCUCACUCUCACCUAUGUUUUUACUGUCCUGCAUGGAUUGACUCUGACUGGCAGCACAUGCAACCCCUGUGGCACCCUGCAACAAAUCUUGGAUGGUGGGAUCUCAGUCAAACAGGGCGGGCUGAAGAUUGGAGCCCAGUUUGCUGGUGCAGUGCUGGCCAGAAUUUACAUGCACCGUAUCUGGUCCAUGGGGAUCAUCAAGGUGCACUCUGAGGCACUGGCUGAGGGCUGCAGUAAUCCUAUCCAAACCACCGAGACCCAGGCUUUUUGCAUAGAACUGCUCUUCUCCACUGUGUUCCAGCUGACCAUACUGCAAUUUGAGGCAGUUAAACCCAGGCUCAGAGUCCACCUAAUUGCUCUUCUCAUUACUAUGCUGGUGUAUGGAGGAGGAAACCUCACUGGAGCAAUAUUUAACCCAGCAUUGGCCUUUUCAUUACAUGCAAGUUGUUUCCAUGACAAAUUCUGGGAUUAUUCACUAGUGUAUUGGACGGCACCUUCCUUAGGUAAGUGCCUUUAUGCUUUUUUGCCCUUGAAAAAACAUAUGGUAACAACACGUGAUUCAGGGAAAGAAAUCAAUGUCCUUUAUUUUCACAAUCUACUAGUUUUUCAUUUCAAAUUGAAUCCAAAAAGCUACAUUAAUGCAAUGUUAAGGUUAGAACUUGAUUCAAGUCAGAACAUUCAAAGUUAUGGUUCCCAGAGAAAUCAUAAUUUGUCCUUCUUGCAUAUAUAG